GUGUGCUGCCAUACCGCUAAAAACUCAAAACACGUGUGUGUGCGCAUUCUUUUUUAUGUGAACGAGCGUGCGGCUAGGAAUUAAUUGCGGACGGGAAAUUUAGAGAAAUAACUUAAACAAUCAUGACGGACCUGCUCAAGUUAAGCGAUGCGAUCGUUCUGGAGUACCUGCAGACGAAGGACAAGAACCUGGCCAAGGUUUUCCAGCAGAAGACGAAGGCGGCUAGCGUAGCUAAGAACACGCCGAAGCUCAGUGAGAUUCUGCAGUUCUACCAGUCGAAGAGCACCACCAAGAUCCCGGCCAUCAAGGCGGCAGCGGCGGACAGCAGCGAUGACAGCGACUCUGACUCCGAGGAGGAAGCGGCGCCCAAGAAGCCCGCAGCGGCCGCUCCACUGACAAACGGCAAUGCCGCCAAGAAGGCAGCCUCCUCCAGCAGCGAGGACAGCGAUUCCGAGGAGGAGAAGAAGCCUGCGGCCAAGGCCACGCCGGCCAAGGCAGCUCCCGCCGCCAAGAAGGCAGACUCCUCCAGCGAGGACAGCUCCUCGGAGGAAGAGGCGCCCAAAAAGGCAGCACCUGUCAAGCCGGCUGCGGCGAAGGCAACUCCCGCCAAGAAGGCCGCUUCCAGCAGCGAGGACAGCAGUUCCGAAGAGGAGGCUAAGCCCGCCGUUAAGGCCACACCGGCUAAGGCUGCAGCCGCCAAGAAGCCCGCCUCCAGCAGCGAGGACAGCAGUUCCGAGGAGGAGGCCAAGCCCGCCGCCAAGCCGGCAGUCAAGGCUGCGCCGGCCAAGAAGGCCGCCUCUUCCAGCGAAGACAGCGACUCUGACGACGAGCCUGCAGCCAAGAAGCCCGCGGUAAAGCCUGCCGCUAAACCUGCCGCUUCCAGCAGCGAGGACAGCGACUCCGAGGAGGAGAAGAAGCCCGCAGCAAAGGCUCCGGCCAAGGCGGCCCCAGCCAAAAAGGCGGAAUCCUCUAGCGAGGACAGCUCCUCGGAAGAUGAGGCUCCCAAGAAGGCAGCAGCUCCAGCGAAGGCCACCCCAGCUAAGGCUGCGCCGGCCAAGAAGGCUGACAGCUCCAGUGAGGACAGUUCAUCGGAGGACGAGGCACCCAAAAAGGCUGCUCCGGCUAAGGCCACGCCGGCCAAGAAGGCGGCUUCUUCCAGUGAUGACAGUUCCUCGGAGGACGAGGCACCCAAGAAGGUGGCUGCCCCACCAAAGGCGACACCGGCCAAGAAGGCUGAUACAUCCAGCGAAGACAGCGACUCCGAUGAGGAGGAGGCUCCCAAGAAACCGGCCGCCAAGCCGGUUGCAAAGGCUACUCCCGCCAAGAAAGCCGAUUCCGAGGAUUCGUCGGAGGAUAGCGACAGCUCUGAGGACGAAAAGCCCAAGGCUAAGGCUGCCCCGAAGGCUCCGGCCAAGGCUGCCGCCUCGAGCAGCGAGGACUCCAGCGAGGAUGAGACACCGGCAGUGAAGCCAGCCGUCAAGAAGACCGCUGCUCCUGCUAAGAAGGCAGACAGCAGCAGUGAUGACAGCGACUCUGGCGAGGAAUCCGGGGAGGUAAAGCCCCAGGCUGUGGCCAAUGGCGGUGCGAAGGCCGGUCAGAAGCGCAAGUUCAGUGGAGGUGACCAGGAAGAGGCCACUCCCAACAAGAAGUACAACAACUUUGUCAAGUCGGGAGAACAGCAGAAGAAUGAUUUCACCUCCACACCCAACAACAACUUUAACCGAAACAAUCAGUCAAACAAUAGCGGAGGGGGAAGUGGCCGACGGUCACCCUUCCGACGGGUUCGCACCGAGGAUGUGCUGGUGGACUCCCGGGUCCAGGACAUGUCCUUCGAGGCUAAGAAAAACGCUGCCGGCUCUUGGGGUGAGAGGGCCAACAAAGAUCUGAAGCACACGCGCGGCAAGUCCUUCAAGCACGAGAAGACCAAGAAGAAGCGCGGCAGCUAUCGAGGCGGCCAAAUUGACGUUGGAGUCAAUUCAAUAAAAUUUGACUAGAUUUAUACAUACACUCUAUGAAAUAAUCAAUAUUCUUACGGAUACACUUAGCCUGUAAGCCACAAAAGUAACUAUGUAGAAUAGUUUCCUUAUGCAAUAAUUUCGCCAACUUGUAAAAUCUUUCCAAACUUUUAAUUUGACUCGAGGAAGUACGCACCUCUGUUUUAAUCCGGAGUGUUACAUAAAUAAUAUAGAAGCCAAUUUCAAGAGAAAUUUGUAUGUACUUUUAGUCCGAAUUUGGUUGGAGCAGAUUUGUAAAGCACCCCGGAUUUGAAUUGAUUCAAUGCGAACAGGAGGUUAAUAUAACUGAGACCAGACUACAUUUUGUAGUAGUACUUUCUCUCCUUUUAAAUAAUGGUUAUUACGACUUAAGCGGACCAAACAUUUUCUUUUUCUGAUCGGUCUGAAGGUAGACGAAAAUCUUUACGCAGACUUUUUAUAAACCUUUUAAGACUAAAUACUUAUACAUUUUAUUUGUAUUGCCUUUAUUAAACCAAUAUCCUUAAUUUUUAUUAAAAAAAGGUUUAUAAAAAAUCGAAAAAAAACCCACGGAUUUGUCAGACGCUUGGAUAAAAAAAAAGAUGCCUAUUCCGAUUAGUGUUUAAGCCAUUUUGCGUUAAUUUGUGGUGAUAACAAGCAUUUGGUUCCAAAUUGUAAGAAUGUAAGAUCAAGUCAGAACUUCAAUAUGUCAAAGUUUAGAUCACUAAUUUGUCGAUAUAGGCAACCAAUAAAAUUAGUUCAACUUAAGUCAAAUGGAAAGAAAAAUACAUGUAUUUUUUAAAAACAAAA